UCCUGGAGGGACAGUUGGGUAGGAGGGCAUAAGGCAGGGGAGAAACUAACUGUGAUAACUCGGGGAACACCUGAACAUACGACAAGCUAAUAGAACAUUGGACUCAAUAAACUAACACGCCGCAACCCAGGAAUUGAGGCUCUCAGCAGCUGCGAGGUGGCAGUGUUAGAACACGCAGCAGCUGGGGGAAGCCAUCUCUCAGCUCUUGCUGUGUGGGAAGGUGCUGCGAGCUGUGGUGGCUGCACUCAGCCUUGGCUGGGAGGAUCAUCUGUACCAGGGAGAGCAGAAAGCUGCCAUGGUGAGCAGAACAUGCUCAGAGCACUGCAGUGCAGAGAAUGAUACUGCCCCUGAAGUGCAAAAAGCGUGAAAGUGUAGAAUUCUGUGCAGCACUGUGGUACAAAUUUUCUCUUCUAGGACAUGUCCCUUUUUGUAUUCUGUAGACAAAUUAUCAGGAUUUAUAGAAUACAUUGGGGCUUUUUCAUAAGGGUUUUGGGAGAACUCUCAAGUUUAUUUUUAUUUGUAUUUUACAUCCAGCAUUUAUACGGAUUUUUCUUAUUGUUCUUUUGUAAGUAUUUAGGGAACAAAUAUGCAAGCAUUUUUAAUCCCUUGGGAUAUUGUGAUUUGUAUCCUCAGAAAGAGAACCUUGUUGAACAAGUGUGAAGACACCAAGACAGGGAAAAUAGCAUAAAAGUGUUUUAAAACAGGGCAUAUAUUGAGGACUGCAGAACUGAGUAAUUCCUCCAAGGGGGGAAUUAGCAAGGUAUAUUACCAAGAGUUAUUGCCAAGAUACUUCCUGAAAUCAAGGGAAAUGUGACCUGCAGCCAUACAAAGUACAGCCAAAGCAAAUGAAAACCCUUUGGAAAAGAGGGAAUGUUGCCAGUGAUAUCAAUCUGCUGGGAUAACUGAGGGAUGCCCACCAUCCUUGCACUGCAUUCCUCAGUAUCUGCAGUGUGCUUUCUUCCAAUUUCUGUCAAGUGAAAAAGCAGCUGCCAUUGCUUUAUGUUAACUUCAGUUCUUAGGAGAAUUACCAAGCACCAUAAAUGUUUUUUGUAGCUGAGCAGGACUUGAGUUUCCCAAAAUCUUCUACAAAGCAGAAAGGAACCACACAGUUACUUCUGCUGAUGAUAGUGAAGGGUUUCGUGAAAGGAGAUGUAUGAGAACAUUGCAUUCUAAAACUUCCACAUUCAAGAAAACAUGAGUGCACUUAGAAUAAAACAUACAAGGCUAGCAUAACAUCAGAACAGGAUAAAACGAAAUUACUAGACAGGAAGUGAUGUAUCAGAAAUUAAAUGUUUAAUUUCUGAUACAUCUGCAUGCAUUUGCAAGCUAAAACAGAAAAAGAAAGACAGAUAAAAAGGAAUGAAGGUUUUAAAAUUGCACUGUGCAGGAGAGUAAACCACCAGUGUAAACAGAGCUGAGAGAUUCAGCUUGGAGUUGUAUUAGAGUGGAAUCCAUUCACUGAAGGUUUCUGGUGCACACAAGUGCACCAGACUGAGAUAAAAAGGAGCAAAGUUUAAUUUCUGAAAGCCAUUUAGAUUCCUGGAAGCAUUGUCUAGAGAUCUAAAAAGCUAAAGCCUCAGAGAAUCUGAACCUAAAACCUCCCCAAAUCAAUUGAUAAGGUAGGAUGGGCACAUCUCUGCUGUUUUCAGAGUCAAUGAAACUGACAAGGAGAGUCUGGAAAUUAGGAAUGCCAACCCAGAUUUUAUCUGCAUUACUUUAAGAACACCUUAAUAAGGCACAUUAGGAACUCAACACUAACAUUCUCACUCUGCUCUAUUUACUUUACUUUGAAUACAGGCUGGUGGAAGGAGAGAUCUGGCUUUAAUUUCUCCCCAAGUUACCUGUUGCACUUUCAGGUUAGGAGUACACGUUAAAUGCAGCUAAUCACUCUCUCUAUCCAUGAAUAUUCCACUAGUGAACUGACAUAUAGAAACAUCCUUCUUAUCUUUGUACCUUCCUAAGUGGUGCCCUAAUGAACUGGAGACUUGCAUAAAUCACACAGAACAUCUCCAGAAUUGCUGAAAUGAACAUUUAAUUCCACUACAAGGGGUUCUGAGAAAACACUCCACAGGAUCACUGAACAAACUCAAGCUUGGAAGAGAAAUAUUCAUUUUAGCACUGAUCAAGGGGAAAGAAAAAGAAAUGCUGCAAAAAUUCCAAGUGGAAGAUAAGGAGAAAGACAGGGAGCAGAGGAAGAACAAGGCCCUGUCAGAUGAGCGGUGGAAGGUAACUUUGUGCCCCAGCGCUGUCAGAGGACGUUCCCUGUCAUUGGUGCAAGCAGCUGGAGACAGAAAUACUGCUUGAUUUGGGGGCCACAGUCUAGGUAAGUGCAGAGGUGGUUCAAUAACGUGACAUGAGGGAGUUCCCCCAGAGCAACUGGGAUGCCUGAAAGAAGUGAACAGCUCACCACAGCCUGGCCCGCUUGGCUGCUUUUCCUUCUGACCCUCCUGGGGAGGCUCUGACAUUUCCUCUUCCCUGAUGGAAGUGCAGCUGCUGCCAAGGGAAACGUCCCCAUACUGACUCAGUGUUCCCUUUGCUUCCCAGAUGUCCCAUCUGCUGUCCCUGUCCAGGAGAGCUGCUCUGCACGGGAGGAGGAGACCGAGGGAGAGCCUGGGAACAUGGGGGGCUGCAAUCCCUGCUGAUCUGGUUCUGUUUAUGGAUGGGUAGAGUUAGACUUGGAUAGUUACAAGUGUAGGGAUAUUUACAUACAUUGAAUGAUAUUUGUAUAGAUAUUAUGAACGUGUAUCUAGUUGCAUUUAUGGAUGUAUGUUAUGUAUGUAUAUAUAUGUGUUUGUGUGUGUGUAAACAUAUAUAAAAACAUAGAUAUGUAUGCAGUUAUAUAUAUGUGUACCUAUGUUCACUUUACGUCCCUGCUUUGUUAUAUUCACAUAUGUGUACAGUUGUACAGCUCUAUAGUUCCACUGUUACAGUUAGAUGGAUUUUUCUAUUGGUACACUGAUAUUUGUAUUUAUAGAUAGGAUUCUUAAGAAUAUGUUUACAUAUGUCUUACUAUAUGUCAUAUGUAACACUUAAUAUAUAUUUACACUGCACAUUGUUGUGGUGUAUUUAAUUCUAUUGAAACGCGUAUGGAUUUGUACAGUUCUGAAAUUGUGUUCAUUUAGUUCUAGGCCUAGGGUUAUUUAGAGAGGAAUAUUGAUAUUCCUGUGUUUGUGUAUGGGCUGUUCAGUUGUAGUAAUUUGUAAUCAAUUUAGUUGUUAAGCUUUGAUUGAUAUUUGUUUCUAAUUAGUGUUUGUAGAGUGUUUCAGUACAUUAGGUUUUUUUAACUGUAUUUGAUAUUUGUAAAUAUUUACAUUGCAUGAUAGUAGGAAAAAAUUUGUUUUGCAACCUUAAAUUGAUAUUUGUAUGUUGACAUCGCCAGUGUAGCAAUUUAUAAAAAUUUCAUUUUUUUAACCUAAGUUGAUUUUUGUGUAUUUAUUUAGUGUUGCAGCGCUGCAGGGUGGUAGAAAUGCUGCAAUCUUCUUGGAGGCGUCUCCUUCAUAAGCCGCUCAGCGGAAGGCCACGAGAACAGCCAUUUCCAGUCCAUGCACAUGCACACGCCACAGACAGCUCAGCACAGGAAGGCAGGAAGGGUCUUUGCAUGGCAUAUUCCAGCAAGGGUUUUACUGUAUCCAGCACGCCAGAGGGACCAGAGACAAAAGACCAAACCAUGUGGUCUGCAGGACUUCAGUGUGGGGCCAUGUCUCCAACACUGGCCUUCAUCCUGGCCCUGUUAUUCACCCCCAGUGGGUUGAAAGCAGACAUGAAAAUUGAUAAAGAUGCGGUCAGGCGGAUCCGGGAGCGCGAGGAAUUUCUGCAUCGGGAGAUGACUCGGCUCCUGCGGGAGGUGGAUGACAACAAUUCCAUCAUGGAAAGCCUGCUCCUUUCUGUACGACAGCUGCUGUGGCUGCCUUGGCUGACCAUAGCUGGGCAGAAAGGGAAUCCAGCAAUUGAAAAGAAUGAAGCUGAAAGGAUGCAAGAGCGCAAGGAGUAUCUGCAGCAGGAAAUGACUCGGCUCCUGCAGGAGAUUGAUGGCAACAAUUCCAUCAUGGAAAGCUUUUUCCUUUGUCUAUGGCAGCUGCUGUGGCUGCCUCUGCUCCCUCUGGCCUUCUGGCUGGUCACGAGAUGGAAGUGUGGCUCUGCCAGACACAGCACGCAGGAGGAAUCCAUCAGCAAGAUGAAUAUUGUCAGGGUGAAGUUCAGCAGCAAGGAGAAGGUGAGUGAGCAUGAGAAGGACAAGGGUGCAGACAGGGGUGGCAGCAUUUUGGCUGUGCCCAGCCCAUUCACCAAUGGGCAGAUCCAGGACAAGGCGGGAGGGGGCUGUGAGCAAACUGAUCUCAUUGGGAAUGUUCCUCCUCAUUUCUGUGGGAUCAAAUUGGACAGUCCCUAAAGGUCACUACCAAGCCCAGCUGUUCUGUGAUUCUGUGAUUCUGCAGCAGGGCCUGCCCAGCACGAAGGUG